GAAAGUAAAUAUUAUUAAACCUAAUGAAUCCAAAAAAUCAACUGAACUCCCAGUGUUAUCAACACCAACACCGUUAGCAACAAUAUCUCCAUUACCUCCUAUAGAAGAUAAAUGGAGAAUUUGGCCCCCUGACCUACGUUAUGCAAUAUGUCGACCGAAAAUAUACAUAUAUAAAAUUCCACCGGAAAUUCAAAUAGACGAAUUUCAAAAACAACGAUGUAUAUUUUCAAAAUAUAAUGUGGAAUUAAUAUUAUAUAAUCAACUAUCAACAGUAAAUUCAUCACUUUAUAAAUUAUAUAUAACAGAAAAACCUGAAGAAGCAGAUUUAUUUUAUAUACCAUUUUUUGGAAGUUGUUAUUUAUUUAAUUGUUGGAUAAAGAAUAAUUGGAAUGAAAAAGAAAAAUGUCAAAGAAAUAUUGAUCAAAAAUUUAGAAGAUAUAAUACUAUAAUUAUACCAAGUUCUACUCCAAUAUUAAAUAUUUUUAGAUUAAAUCCUCAUCAAUUUGUUGAUAAAACUGGAAGUCCAAGAGGACGGAAUAUUAAAGGAAUUUUUAGAGGAAGUUAUGCAAAUACUAAUGUAACGGAUAUUUAUUCUGAUGGUAUUAAACAUGUAAUAUUUAAUGGAUUAAAAGGAUUACCUGGUUGGAAUAUUGAAGAAUCAUCAGACAGGGAAGAGUAUUCUAGAUUACUCGCAAGAACAAAAUAUGGAUUGACAUCAUCUGAAUGGACAUUAGAUACUACUCGUAUAUGGGAAUAUCUUUCAUUUGGAGUGGUUCCUAUUGUUAUUGAUGAUGGAAUUAUUAAACCUUUUGAAGACGAUGUUGAUUGGGAUUCUAUGAUCGUUAGGGUUCGACGUAGUGAGUUUCAUAGAAUUAGUGAAAUAUUGGAUGCAAUUUCGGAAGAUGAAUACCAAAAAAAACGUAAGAGAGUCUGGUUGAUUGGAAGAUAUAUGGUGAUUAACAACGGUUGUGCUUGGCACUUUAUUGUUAGAAGCUUCUGUCGAAUGUUAAAAAUGGUUAAUCAGGAAGUGAUAGAUAUUGAAGGAUAUACUCAUUUUUCUAUUUAG